GGAAAGAAAAAAAAAACAAGACAAAUUAGUGAGAGAAGCACGUUGUUGGCCCGAUGUUGCAUCGAGGGAAACGUUGUCAAGAUUACCAUAAUGAAAAAGCUUACUGCGGUGGAGCAGGCAAAUCCCCCUUCGGUAAAAUAGAAGGUAAAAGGAAAAAAGACUUGGGAGUUUGGACGUCACAAUUUUGCCAAACAAAACAUUGCUGGUCUGCCCUUCUCAUGUUUCGUUAUCCUGUAUUUUUAUCUUUCCUGGGUUGAUACUUUCUUGUUUCUCAAUCUCACUAUUUUCUGUGUCAACUCGUAACCUUGGUCCUUUCUUUUCUUCCGAUGACAUCUCUGGGAUCCUGAACUCAUCAACCCCUUUCUUCCAAUCUUUUUCUUCUUUUCUCCUUACCAUACACAUACUUCUCGCACGACACGAGGCCGGAAUCCUGAUUUCCAACUUCGAUUCAUACCAUCUGUUGACAGAGCUUUUUUUCUUCUUUCUUUUCUCUCUUCACAUCCAUCUAUUCUACUACUUGACAAGGCCAUCUCGACCACGACAGUGGGCGGCAUUCCACCAACGCCUCGCUACUGUUUCCGACCCUUUCAAACCUAACUUUAUUUUAUCACCAUCCUCUCCUUAACUUCAUCCUCGGGGAUAAAGUCACAUCUGCAAACCAUGGAUAGGUUACCAAUAUUCCGGUCCAAGUCGGACUCCAUGUCGUCAAUGAGCACCACCAGCUCCUUCACAAGUACACAAAAGGGUGAAUGGUUGCCGGCACCGGCGCAAUCACGGCAAAAAGUGCGGUUAAGGGCCCUCCUCGGCCAUUGUUUGUACAGGAGAGUUAUACUAUGGACGCUGGCAGUCAUCACACUUGGCUUUUGGGUCUUUUUCACCAGGAGGGGCGGUUCGUUCGACCUAGCAAGACUCGGAACAGACCUUCCCGAGGAAACAAAAGAGCAAAGCAAAGGGGACAAUGAAGGGAGGGACCCGCUACACUGGCUCAAAUAUAAGCACCUUGAUGGAUACUACCGUGGCCUGAGGACACUGGUCCCCAUUUCAGAGCACAAACCCGAGUUUCCAUUCGUGCCUGGCCGUCAACCGGCAACGACUACGGUGACGUCUGCCCAUCUGCCGACACCCACAGUCUUCGUUCCACAGCCGGACUACGAGUCCAAAGAGUACAAGUCAACGUACCACCCAGUGCAGACCUGCUACAUCGACGAAAACAAAAAGGUGCCCGCCCCGGAUUUGUACGCAUACAACGGUGUGCCGCAGGGGAUGCCCGACCCAGCAAUCGGCUCCAACUCCCUUCUCGGCAUACGCGAUGAUGUUUGCUUCGACAGGUUCUCGCGAUACGGGCCAUAUGGGCUUGGCUACUCGGAGGAUGAGGGCGGUUUGGGGGAGGGCAUGGACACCGAGAGUGAUGGCUCCGAGACGGUCUGGUCCAAGACUGGCAAGAUCGACUACCGCAACGUGGACUGGGGCCGGGCUCAGCAGCAGUGUGUCACGGACAACCGGAAGCGGUUCGACAUCAACGCCGGGCGCGAGCGCAAGAAGGUCGUCCGCAUCGCCGUCGUGAUUCGCACCUAUGUCGGGUUCGAGUGGAAUACUCACGCCAUCAUGAACUUCCGCGCCAUGGUCUCGGAGCUCUCGCUGCGAUCUGGCGGCGAGUAUACCGUGCACUUCCUACUCCACGUCAAAGACAACAACCUCCCCAUCUGGGCCGACUCCGAGACCAGGCAGCAGAUUCUGGAUGAGAGCAUGCCGCGCGAGUUCCACUCCAUGUGCACGCUCUGGUCCGAGGCGCAAAUGGAGCUGCUGUAUUCGGGCGGCUGGGGUGAAGCUGUCGAAAACCCGUCCGGGCAGUCCGUACAUGGCGUUUAUCGGUCGGCACAUUUCCCGCUGCAGCACUUUGCCAUGACCCACCCCGAGUAUGAGUACUUCUGGAACUGGGAGAUGGACAUGCGCUACCUCGGCAACUUUUACGAGCUGUUUGAUCGUCUAGGCAGCUGGGCCCGGGACCAGUCGCGUAACCACCUGUGGGAGCGGUCAGCCAAGUACUAUAUUCCCGCGGUCCACGGCGAUUGGAAAAACUUCACUGAGCUGGUUGUCCAGACGACGCGAAAUGCCGGCAAGAGGCCAAUCAUGGGCCCCGUUUACUUCCCCGGCCGGACCCGGAUCAGAGCCGAGGAGCGUUCUGAGACCUUCAUGCCGGCGUCUUGCUUCACCUCGCCGGGAGACGGGUCCCCAGGGGUGGCGGCUGACGACAGCGUCCGGUGUGGUGUGGACGAGAAUGCCGACCUUAUCACGCUUAACCCCAUAUUCGACGCCGAGAAGAGCGGUUGGGUGUUCGCCUCAGACGUGACUGGCUGGGACCUGACUCAGCCGACGCCGCCGCGGCGUUGCGCCAUUGUCACGGCGAGCCGGCUGUCAAGGCGGCUGUUGGAGGUGAUGCACGAGGAGACGUGGCGCUUCCACCACAGCAUGUUCAGCGAGAUGUUCCCGGCGGCCAUGGCGCUGCACCACGGGCUCAAGGCGGUCUAUGCCCCGCACCCUGUACUGUUGGACCGCGGGUGGGAGAUGGAGGCCGUCGACAAGCACUUCAACGGCGGUUACGACAACUCGACGAGCGGCCACGGCAGUCCGUUUGACUUCCAGAACGAACACAACCACAAGGGCACCAGCUGGUACUACAACAGCGAAUUCGCGGGCCUGCUGUGGAGGCGUUGGCUUGGCUACGCCCAAAUGGACGGCCGCGGUGAGGACGGCGGCCGUGCAGGCGAGGGGACUCUGAGGGGCGGCAAGACCGAGGAGGAGAGCCCGUGGUCGACGGGAAGGUUGUGCUUGAGGAGUAUGCUGGUGCACCCCAUCAAAUGGGAGAAGCCGAAUGAUGGAUAAAGCCUUAUAUAACCUGGGUUAUGUUAUGGUAGUGGAGUUUUUUGUUUAUUUAUUUCGUUUGUUCCGUUCUUGAAGACGUCGUCUUUAUUACCACUACGUCUUUCUGCCUGGUGCAUUUUGUUUCUAUUUGAUAUGUUCAUUUAGAGUGUAGAAUACCACGAUGUUGGGGGAGGGCGUCACUGUACCUAUGGGCGACUUGGCAUUGGAUUGCGUGCUUGUUAUCUUUUCUUCUUCUUCUUCUUCUUCUUCUUCUU